AUGGAGGUGCUGAAGCCGGGCUGCGGGGUGGCGCCGGGGGGGGAGGAGAGGAGGCUGAGCCCUCUGGAUGGCUUCCCACCGCCCGCCAACUCCAACAAACCGCUCACCCCCUUCAGCAUCGCCGAUAUUCUGAGCAAACCAUCGCUGAGGAAGUCCCCGCUCUCGGGCUGCGGAGGGGGAGGAGGAGGGGGUGUGGGGAGGGCAGCGGCUGCCGCUGACAAAGUGUCCGCCUCAGGGCUGCCUCGGGGCGGACUGCCCGCUCAGACCUCCCCGCUCUGCGCCCUGGAGGAACUCGCCAGCAAAACCUUCAAAGGCCUGGAAGUCAGUGUGAUUCAAGCGGCUGAAGGUCGAGAUCAUCUGAACGCUUUCGGCCAAAGACAAACCUCCAAAAAGCGAAGGAAAUCGCGCACCGCUUUCACCAACCAUCAGAUAUAUGAGCUGGAGAAGAGAUUCCUGUAUCAGAAGUACCUGUCUCCGGCUGAUAGAGACCAGAUAGCCCUGCAGUUGGGACUCACUAACGCCCAGGUGAUAACCUGGUUCCAAAACAGACGGGCCAAGCUCAAGAGGGACCUGGAGGAGAUGAAAGCUGAUGUUGAGUCGCUAAAAAAGUUACCACCUCAACAGCUGGAGAAACUGGUGCAAAUGGAAGAUUUUCAGAACUUGGCGUCGUCCAAAAGGGAGUUGGGAAACUCUUCCCCCAAACUGUCCCCAACACAAGGGUUGGACUCUCUGUCCCACUCCCCACUCUCCUCCAGGGAUCCCACCACGGAUGAGUUUUCAGAGGAUGAGGAGAUCGAGGUGGACGAUUGAUUGGGCCUCCAGGAGAGAGGGAGAGACAGAAAAGAGAGAGAAAAGGGACAAGACUUUUUUU